AAUUUACAAGGGCAAGAAAGAGGAUGAGCGUAGGAGUCAUAUCACCGUACAACGCUCAAGUUUAUGCAAUUCAAGAAAAAAUUGGAAAGACUUACAGUGCACAUAGUGAUUUUGCAGUAAAUAUUCGGUCUGUCGAUGGAUUUCAAGGAGGCGAGGAGGAUGUUAUAAUUAUCUCUACUGUCAGAUGUAAUGCAAAUGGAAAAAUAGGUUUCCUUGCCAAUCGCCAAAGGGUGAACGUGGCAUUGACCCGUGCAAGGCACUGCCUCUGGAUAUUGGGAAAUGGAGCAACUCUUGUCAACAGCGAUUCUAUUUGGAAGAAAUUAGUUACUGAUGCCAAGGAACGGGGUUGUUUCUAUAAUGCCGAAGAGGAUAAAAGCUUGUCUAAGGCUAUUACGGAUGCCUUCUUAGAAUCGGACCAACUUGAUGCUCUGCUGAAUGUGAAUUCUCCACUGUUCAGAAAUGCAAGAUGGAAGGUAUGUGUGUUUAUUUUUCUUGUUUCUCGAUUUUUUUGUUAGUUCUGAUUGUGCUGUCUCAAGCUGAAUACUACUCGGUGGACUCAUCACCUCAAUC